GAUACUAACAAAACACAAAACUAGUGUCAGUAUAUUAAUUUCAUAAAAUUGUAUCGAUUCGCUGGUCUAUCUGAUGGUUUUCUGUUAGCUUCUUGAAGUGUUAGUUGUAAAAUUAUAGUGAAAGGCUUUUUUCAGCCACACUCCCAACCGGCAUAAAAACACCGGUGUUAGUGUAAAAAGGAGUGACAAUUGAGUGAUCAUUUGUCUCUGUCUUGCACUCUGAGUCUGAACUUGCCAGUUUCUUCGCGUCACAUUUGUCAACCUCGUCGCCAUAUUGUUAUUUUGUCUAUACCUCAUAAAGCUGCCGAUGCAAUUCAGUUUUUUUGUGAUUUUCUAGCGUGUGGAAAGAAGUGCUUCGAAUUAUUGCGGUCAAUCGUGGAAGAAAGUUUCCUCUUUUUGUUGUCAUUGAAGAAACCCGUUCGAUAGCCUCGGAAUGUCGAAUAUUGUACUGGAUAAAGAUAGCUUCUAUCGACGGAUAAAGCGUUUGUACGCAAAUUGGAAGGAGCCAGAAUUUGGGCACGAUGACGCGCUAUCGAAAGUUGAUUGCAUAUUGACGGCGGUCGGAGCGGACGAGGAAACAAUAUACAGCAAGUCGACCUCGCUUCAGACAUGGCUGCUGGGCUAUGAAUUAACCGAUACGAUCAUUUUGUUAUGCGAAAAGGCAAUUUACUUUCUUACGAGUAAGAAGAAGAUCGAUUUCCUGAAGCCCAUCGACAAAGAACCCGAAGAAAAUAUGCCCGCUAUAAAACUUCUCGUUCGUGAUAAGAAUGAUAAGGAUAUGGCGAACUUCGAAAAACUUUUGGAUGCGAUCAAGUCUUCUAAAAACGGAAAAACCCUCGGAGUCUUUACAAAAGAUAAGUUUCCUGGCAGCUUCUGCGAAUCGUGGCGCGCCUUCCUUAAGGACAAACACUUCGAAAACGUGGACGUUAGCGUUGGCAUUGGAUACAUAAUGUCUGCCAAGGAGGAUCCGGAAGUGAUCACCAUUAAAAAGGCAUGUCUGGUGACUGUGGAUGUAUUCAACAAGUAUCUUAAAGAUCAUAUCAUGGAGAUUAUUGAUGCGGACAAGAAAGUAAAACACCAGAAAUUAUCCGAAGGUGUCGAACAGGCGCUGACCGAUAAAAAGUAUGUGACUGGUGUGGAUAUAAACCAGCUAGACAUGUGCUAUCCGCCUUUGAUUCAGUCAGGAGGUAAUUAUAAUUUGAAAUUCAGCGCUGAAAAUGAUAAGGCAUACUUACACUUUGGGGCAAUCAUUUGCGCACUUGGAGCUCGUUACAAGUCCUACUGUUCCAACAUUGUCCGAACGUUGCUGGUCAACCCACCGGAAACAAUGCAGAACAAUUAUACAUUUUUGCUAAAUUUAGAAGAAGAACUCCUCAAGGUAUUGGUGCCGGGUAAGAAAUUGUCUGAAGUAUACGAGGCAGGCCUGGAAUAUGCAAAAAAGGAGGAACCCAAACUGGUAGAUAAGUUAACGAAAACUUUCGGGUUUGCCGUUGGAUUAGAGUUCCGAGAGAAUUCUAUGAUUAUUGGUCCAAAGUGUGUGGCAGUGCUAAAGAAAGGUAUGGUAUUUAGCGUGAACGUUGGGCUCUCUGGAUUGGAAAACAAGAAUGCUACCGACAAGGAGUCGAAAAUUUAUGCGUUAUUUGUUGGUGAUACAGUUUUAGUAAACGAAGAUGCACCUGCUAGUGUGCUAACGCAAUCCAAGAAGAAAAUAAAGAACAUCGGCAUCUUUUUAAAGGAUGACGAGGAGGAAGAUGAAGAAGAAGAGGAAAAAACAAAAAAGGCUCCAGAAAUUUUGGGUCGUAGUGGCAAACGAUCAACGGUGUUGGAGAGUAAGCUACGUAAUGAACAAAACUCGGAGGAGAAAAGAAAACAGCAUCAGAAGGAACUUGCAGAUGCCCUCAAUGAGAAAGCCAAAGAGCGAUUGGCUAAACAAGGGGGUGGAAAGGAAGCUGAAAAGGUACGAAAGUCUACCGUAUCUUACAAGGGUGGCAUUAAUCAAAUGCCCCGAGAGCCGGAGGUGAAGGAGUUGAAGCUUUUCGUUGAUCGUAAAUAUGAAACCGUCAUCAUGCCCAUUUUUGGUGUUCCGGUUCCUUUCCACAUUUCAACAAUAAAAAAUAUCUCCCAGUCAGUAGAAGGCGAUUACACUUAUUUGCGUAUUAACUUUUUCCAUCCUGGUGCGACUAUGGGACGUAAUGAAGGUGGAAUGUAUCCAAACCCUGAUGCAACCUUCGUGAAAGAAGUAACAUACCGUUCAACUAACACAAAGGAGCCGGGUGAAAUCAAUGCUCCUUCUACAAACUUAAAUACAGCAUUCCGUUUGAUAAAGGAAGUUCAAAAGCGUUUCAAAACACGCGAAGCAGAGGAACGUGAGAAGGAGGAUUUGGUCAAACAGGAUACGUUGGUACUAUCGCAAAACAAGGGAAACCCCAAGCUUAAAGAUCUGUAUAUCAGGCCGAACAUUGUUAGCAAACGUAUGACCGGUUCAUUAGAGGCACAUAUUAACGGCUUCCGUUACACAUCAGUGCGCGGCGAUAAAGUGGACGUCUUGUAUAACAACAUCAAGAGUUCCUUCUUCCAGCCGUGUGACGGCGAAAUGAUCAUCUUACUACAUUUCCAUCUGAAACAUGCUAUCCUCUUUGGUAAGAAAAAGCACCUAGAUGUGCAGUUCUACACAGAAGUCGGCGAAAUUACUACCGAUCUGGGAAAACAUCAGCAUAUGCAUGAUCGCGACGAUUUGGCUGCGGAACAGGCGGAGCGUGAGCUGAGGCAUAAGUUGAAGACAGCUUUCAAGAGCUUUUGUGAAAAAGUGGAAGCCAUGACUAAACAGCAAAUCGAAUUCGAUACACCCUUCCGGGAUCUAGGUUUUCCCGGUGCUCCAUUCCGCAGUACUGUUCUGCUCCAACCAACGUCUGGCUCACUGGUCAAUCUAACCGAGUGGCCUCCGUUUGUUAUCACAUUGGAGGACGUAGAACUGGUGCAUUUCGAGCGUGUUCAGUUCCAUUUACGAAAUUUCGAUAUGGUGUUUGUGUUUAAAAAUUACCACCAAAAAAUUGCAAUGGUUAACGCAAUUCCAAUGAACAUGCUUGAUCACGUUAAAGAAUGGCUUAAUUCUUGUGACAUUCGUUACUCAGAAGGCAUAAUUUCACUCAACUGGGCCAAGAUUAUGAAAACUAUCACCGAUGACCCUGAAGGCUUUUUCGAAACUGGCGGUUGGAAUUUUCUGGAUCCAGAGUCAGAUGACGAAAACCAAGCGGAUGAUGAUUCGGAAGACGAGGAAGAUGAUGCUUACGAACCGACCGAUGACGAUGAUGAGGAAGAAUCGGAUGACUCGGAGGAUUACUCAGAAGCGUCCGAAGAUGAUGAGAGUGGCAGUGAAGAUCUCGGUUCGGAAGAAGAAUCCGGUAAAGAUUGGUCCGAUUUGGAACGCGAAGCUGCAGAAGAAGACAGAAACCGCGAUAACGAUGACUUUGAUGAUAGCAGGCAUUCCAAAAAGCGUUCUCAUCAUAGACGCGAUCGAGGAGUAUCAUCUUCCUCGAUCCGAAAGAAGCGACCAGAUGCGCCCAGCUCGUCGAAAAGCAGCAGCCGCGACAAACACAAGGACAAGCAUCGUAGCAGCAGCAAGCACAACAGUAGCAACGAUAAACACAAGAGCAGCAGUAGCAGUAGCCACAAACGGUCUCGGGAUGACUCAAGAGACAAUUCACAUCAUCAUAAGAGCAAAAAAUCUAGAAAAUGAAGAAUUAACACGCUGCAGCCACCUAUAUUGGAAUAUUUUUUACUUCAUUUAACAUUGGUGUACAGGUGUUCAGCCAGUGCCCAAGGUAAAAAAAAAAACUCUGAAUACUUGUACCACUCUUACUUUACGCUUUAUCUGUUUUGAUUGCGGUACAAUCCGCUUUUGAAUAGUAAGUACGCGUGUUUAAGUCGGUUAGUUAUGUGUAGUUCUUUAAGUAAUCAGUUAUUAAAAGCAGACAAAUGAAACGUAUGUCCAAACUUGACGCAAUUGUACAAUCAGUGUUUAAUCCUUGAACAAAAUAAUAGUGAUACACUUUCGAAGUUCCUCGAGCUUUCGGAAGGUAAUCUCAUAUUUGGUUUUACGCAACAAUUACUAAAGAAGAACUGCGGAUUUCUUCAAACUGCUGAAUGGGAAGAUUUUAAUUCACUGCGAAGUAAAAACGAACGAAACGACUGGAUAUGAAGAUGUUGAAACUCUUAUGAUAAUAAAUGUCAAUAGUAUUGCGCAAAUCAAA